AGGGCCUCACAAAUCACCAGGCUGGCUUUGCUGGGACGCUGAGAGUCUGUGGGAUGUCACAGAUCUUCAGGCUCACUGCUGAAUCUGUGAAAUGUGGGCCAAGGCAGGGGCUGCUGACAUCUGAGCCCCAAGAGGAGCCCCAUUCCGGCUUAGUAGCCCUGUGUAUUGUAGGGUCACAUCCGGGGCUGCCCUCUUCUUGCUUGGGAAUGGGGACAUGAGCAGUAGGGGGGCUGAGGGGAUUCAGCUCUUCCCUGGGGCCCUGGUGUGCAUAGCAGGUCUUGUGGGAGGAGGCACCACACCUGCUGGUGGGGCAGGGGGUCCCACAAAUGACAGGGCUGGAAAUGGGGGCAGCCCUCGCCUUCCUUGGCACUCCCAAGUCACAGGGGCAGGAGCCCCACAGCCAUGGAGGCGUGGCUGGGUCGGGCAGGGAAGGCAGCUGGUGGGGAGCCCAGAAGACACCGGGCAGGGCGGGAGGCCGCCUGCUCGGGGUUGGGCCUCCCAAACCAGGGCGCUGCAAGGAGGUGGGGGUGAAGCAGAAACAGGCAGAAGUUACUCGCAUUUUGGACAUUAACAAAACAAAGUACGAGUUAAUAGAUGUAUCCCUCAGUGAACAACUGCUUCAAGAGAUGAGGGCGAAGGCUGGUAAUCCUAAUGCAAUACCUCCUCAGAUAUUCAAUGGUGAUGACUACUGUGGAGACUUUGAGAUGUUAUAUGAAGCAACUGAAAAUGAAGAAGUUUGGAAGUUUCUGAAGAUGGCAUCAAUAGACAAGCCUGCAAGAGAGGAAAUUACUGUCUAAAGGGUGUAUCCAGAUCUGAACUCCAACAAUUCUUCAGGAACCAAAUAUACUAAAUAUAUUUAUUUCUUAAUUGUUUUGUUAAUUAUUCAGGGUAAAUAAAUCUUAUGUAUUUUUGUGUUUUAAUAUUACAGUAUAGCAGAUUCAGGUCUUCUUUGAUAGACUACACACUACCAUUCAAAAGCAGUUUUUCAACCAACCAAACUAGAAGAUAGAUGUCCUAAAGGCCUUCUAACCCUCUUCUGUUCUGAAAGCCAACUUACUGUUUUCCAUGUUUCUCAGCGGUCUUUUAUUAAACAAAGUAAUUCAUACAUAUUUUUGUAUCAUCUUUGGCAUGAGGUGAUUUUUCUCUAAUACAGUAUAUCUAGAAAUAUUAUAUUGUUAUAUUCAUUGAGCAGUUUUAUUUAUGUGGGACCUUCAAUAAAAGGCAAUGAGUAUAGUAAUUAAUAAUCA